CCGCCAACCGCAUCAUGGGUCUCACAAAGAACAGUCGUGUCCUCUUCAACGAAGUCCCUAAAGGUUACCCCGAGCCUGGAAAGACCACUGUCUACGAUACAACGCAAACAAUCGAUGUUGAGAAUGUUCACCUCGACGGUGGCUUCCUCCUCAAGACGUUGGAGCUGUCCAUCGAUCCCUACAUGAGGGGACGUAUGCGCCACCCCGAGAAGAAGUCGUACAGCGCUCCCUUUGCGAUUGGACAACCGUUGACUGGUCAUGGGGUUGGGGUUGUGGUGCGUUCAGAACUUGAAGGGGUCAAUGCAGGCGAUCAUCUUUACGGAUUCUUCGAGCACGUUCAAUACUCCAUCAGGAAGGAUUUGUCGGGUCUCCGCGUCAUCGACAAUAAAUUUAAAUUGCCCUGGUCGGCGUUCAUCGGCGUGGCUGGAAUGCCAGGCAAAACGGCUUACAUGGCGUGGAAGGAAUACUCUAAAGCGAAAAAAGGGGAAACGGUGUUCGUUACCACUGGAGGGGGACCUGUCGGAUCACUCGUAAUCCAACUCGCGAAGCUCGACGGUUUGAAAGUCAUCGCCUCCGCUGGAUCUGAGGAAAAGGUUCAAUUUAUGAAAGAAAUCGGUGCCGACGUUGCGUUCAACUACAAGACAACGGAUACUGCUGAAGUUCUCGAAAAGGAGGGCCCCAUUGACAUAUACUGGGACAAUGUUGGCGGAGCAACCUUGGAUGCUGCGCUCGAAGCCGCUGCCCUCAAUGCUCGGUUCAUCGAAUGCGGAAUGAUUGCAGGCUACAACGUGGGCGGUCAGCCGAUCAAGAAUCUCAUCAAUGUCAUUGGGAAAUCACUUUCUAUUCAUGGGUUUAUCGUAAGCCGCUUAGAGCCGAAGUACGAUGAUGAGUUCUAUGCUGUCGUCCCCGCCAAGGUGGCUAGCGGGGAGAUCCAGCAUCGUGAAGAUGUGUAUGAUGGUCUCGACAAAGUCGGAGAUAUAAUACUGGCAGUACAACAGGGGUUGAAUAAGGCCAAGGCCGUUGUGCAUGUUGCCGACGAUUGAAAUAGCAGUAGCGCAACAUUGUAACAAUAAAUUGCCAUCCUUCCGGACGACUAACUAGCUUUGUGCUUGGUACGGGUAACGUAUUAAACUUGUAUAGAUCUAGAAAUGAACAUGAUAUCGAG